AGGUGUUCUGAACUGUUGGCAAAGGAAAGCAAGUACAGGGGGAUUUUUAGAGUAGCAAUUUUCCAUCUUAUAUUUACAGAAUGAGAGGGAUUGAACAGAUUAUUUUGGCUUUCAUGUGAAAUAUUCAUUGUGAAUACUUGCAUGGUUUUUACCCCAUAAGAACUCUUUCUUCAUGUUCCUAAAUUAUCAAAGCAUUUUGUCUUUGCAGUAUGUCCUUUCCUUUAUUUUCCCCAGUCAAAACAAAGAACAUAUGAUGCAAGCUUCAUCUUCAGUGUGAAGAGACACUGUCCUUGCAUAAUGUUUUACCUGAAAAAUAAGAAAAAAUAAUGUCAACACCUGUGCUUGUACAAGGCAAUUCGACAGAGCUGUUGCUGUGUAGAAGCUAUUGAUGUUUUUCUUCUUGUUGGCUUGUAGUCCAGUUACAACAAUAGGGGAUUGUGCUGUCUCUUGGCAGUUAAAUCAUUCUAAGCUUCCAUUUCUCUCGUGAUUGGUCAUUUUCUGUCUUUUGAAAGCAAGCUGCUGGCAUACAGAGGUUUAAAUGUCUAGAGAGAGUGGUGACCUGCCACCUACAAAUUUUCAGAGCUGUUGACAAAACUGUAAAGCUUUUGAGUUCUCCCAGGGAGCAGAUGUCCGUGUAUUUAAUUGAAGCUACACUGUCUCUUUCCGUAGAUGGGCUUUCUGCUAAACACUUUCUUUUCUAGUACGUGCUAACAAGUGCUGUGCUGUGUGCAUCAAAUGUGAGUAUCCUCGGAUCACUGAUUUUCUGCAUGUAGGGUGUUUGUUUUGCGUUUUGGUGUAUCCUGUCUGUCUGUUGUUCCUCUGAGGUCUUUUGGCUCUCAGAGAGCGUAACUGUAUUCCAUGCUGGCAGUCACACUCGUGGUAAUAUUGCAAACUUUCUCACUGGAGGCUGGCCAGCAAUGGGCAGUGUUUCUGUACGGUGUUUAAGACAAAUCAGUACAAAACGACAUGCAACACCCGCCUCCGGUUUUCACUCGUCUUUACUGCCUGUGCCUGAAUUGUUGCUGUUCUCCCUCUCCUUUUCUUCUUUCUGUAAAACCAUGGCCCAUCGGCUGCGGUUUCAUUUUGGCUCUGGGCGAAGCAACACAGCCCCUGAAUCAGAGAUCCUCGACCGGGAAAGAGAAGAUGACUUUUUCAUGGCAUUCCACACUUUGCCAAGAAGAAACAGUCCUCAUGCUUUCUCCCGACACGGAGCAGAUUAUGGUGGGGGCAGCGAUUUUCAAGAAGUGGGCUCCUUAAAAAGGAGUACGUCCAUGUUUAUUCCCCAGCUGCUGAACAGUAUUGACGUGCGUCCGAUGAGAAGCUCGUCGAUGCAGAUCUCUCUUCAGCGCAAAGCUGCGAAUGACUGUGUGGAUGAGAGUGCAACCCUGGAAUCUCCCGAGGAGACACUUCCCCGUAAGUUCCCAGACUUCAGGGAGCGUUAUGCAUCCCCUGUUGAAAACCAUUCUUCCUCUCGGGGCAGUCCAGAGGUGACUCCUGAAAAUUCUCCACCCAGGCUGACAGAAGAGUUAGGGCGACAGCUUAAUGGAACUCUUUGCUGUAAUCAGAGGCUAUUCUGUACUGUUCCCUCCAAUAACCAGAGCGAAGAUGCUCCGUCUACGGCCCAAGAGGGUGAGACAAGUGAAGCAGCUUCAGGUUUAAACCUAAGCGGUGUGAGGAUUCAACAUCGUGCUUCCAGUGUAGAUGUGCCUCAGGUUACUCUGUUACCCUUUGGAUCUGAGGCUCAAAAUAACGCCCCCACCCCUGAGCCCCGGCGUUGGUCUUUGCAACAUGUGCCAGAUAUGUCAGCAAAUUCAGGGAAAAAGUUCUUUGUUCUCCAGUUACAACAGCCGCAGGCGAGUGGUACCGGUGGCGAAUAUAACUUUGGUUUUACUGGAACAAAAGGGGACAGGUUGGUCAGGUAUCCUCGCAUACGGCUAGAAAGGAGUACCUCCUACCCUGUCCAGCCACGACCGGAAGAAAUUAGCCCCACAGAUGAUGGAUUGAAUUCAGAACUGCAUGGAAAUGGAAGGAACGGGUCAGAAAUAUCUAGAAGCAAUUCAGUAGAGAGGAUUCCUCAAGGGCAGGGAUGUUUGUUUAAAAUCAGACCAGAUCAAAAUACGAGGCAACAGCACUUCAGAAUCCUUGUCACCCGUAAUCCUGAAGAACAAAAUCAGGUUGUUGGUAAAGAUGGUCGUGGCACCCCUGGUCCUACACCAGCCAGCACCACAACUAGAGACGACUUCCUGGGUCAGGUGGAUGUGCCACUUAGUCAUCUUCCGACUGAAGACCCAACCAUGGAAAGGCCAUACACGUUUAAGGAUUUCCUUCUCAGACCAAGAAGCCACAAAUCUCGUGUAAAGGGUUUCUUGAGACUGAAGAUGGCUUAUAUGCCAAAAAAUGGUGGUCAAGAUGAAGAAAAUAAUGAUCAAAGGGAUGAAUCUGAGCAUGGAUGGGACGUGGUUGAUUCCAAUGACUCCGCAUCUCAGCGUCAGGAGGAGUUACCACCUCCUCCACUGCCUCCUGGAUGGGAAGAAAAGGUUGACAACCUGGGACGGACUUACUAUGUAAACCAUAACAACAGAACUACUCAAUGGCAUCGACCAAGUUUAAUUGAUGUGGGAUCUGAUUCAGAUAACAACAUCAGACAAAUAAACCAAGAAGCAGCCCAUAGACGGUUUCGCUCUCGGAGACAUAUCAGUGAGGAUUUGGAACCAGAGCCUAUGGAGAGCGGAGACAUUCCUGAGCCUUGGGAAACCAUUUCAGAGGAGGCAAGUGCAAGUGGAGAUUCCUUAAGCUUGUCAUUGCCACCACCUCCUGCAUCGCCAGUAUCCCGUACCAGUCCUCAGGAGCUAUCUGAGGAACUGAGCAGAAGACUUCAGGUCACUCCUGAUUCUAAUGGGGAACAACUGAGUUCUUUGAUUCAAAGAGAUCCUUCUUCAAGAUUAAGAUCUUGCAGCGUAACAGAUACAGUCGCUGAACAGUCUCAAUUAUCUUUGCAGAGUGGCCCAUCUAGGAGAGCUCGUUCUUCAACUGUCACAGGUGGUGAGGAACCAACGCCUUCAGUGGCCUAUGUACAUACUACACCAGGCUUACCUUCAGGCUGGGAGGAAAGAAAGGAUGCAAAGGGCCGUACUUAUUAUGUCAAUCACAACAAUCGAACCACAACAUGGACACGUCCCAUUAUGCAGCUUGCUGAAGAUGGUAUGGUUGGGUCAGCAGCAAGCAGCAACAACCACUUAAGCGAACCUCAGAUCAGACGGCCUCGCAGCCUUAGUUCACCCACAGUAACUUUAUCUGCUCCACUUGAGGGUAUGAAGGACUCCCCUGUGCGCAGAGCAGUGAAGGACACCCUUUCCAAUCCACAGUCUCCACAGCCCUCACCCUACAACUCUCCUAAACCACAACACAAAGUUGCACAAAGCUUCCUUCCUCCUGGCUGGGAGAUGCGAAUAGCGCCCAAUGGCAGGCCCUUCUUCAUUGAUCAUAAUACUAAAACUACUACAUGGGAAGAUCCACGACUGAAAUUUCCAGUGCAUUUGAGAUCAAAAGCUUCUUUGAACCCUAAUGAUUUGGGCCCCCUUCCUCCUGGCUGGGAGGAAAGAAUACAUUUGGAUGGAAGAACGUUUUAUAUAGAUCAUAGAAGCCAGGUGUUGAUAUGUGGAGACAUUGAUACCAGAGACUUAGUGCCCUCAUACGAUAACAAAAUUACCCAGUGGGAAGACCCCAGACUGCAGAACCCAGCGAUUACGGGUCCAGCAGUUCCAUAUUCUAGGGAGUUCAAACAGAAAUAUGACUAUUUCCGGAAGAAGUUAAAGAAACCCGCCGAUAUACCAAAUAGAUUUGAGAUGAAGCUACACAGAAAUAAUAUUUUUGAGGAGUCCUACAGAAGAAUAAUGUCUGUGAAGAGACCUGAUGUACUAAAAGCCAGGCUCUGGAUUGAAUUUGAGUCAGAAAAAGGACUUGACUAUGGAGGUGUGGCCAGAGAGUGGUUUUUUCUCUUGUCCAAGGAGAUGUUCAACCCUUAUUAUGGUCUUUUUGAAUACUCAGCAACGGACAACUAUACACUUCAGAUUAAUCCUAAUUCAGGUCUUUGUAAUGAAGAUCAUCUUUCGUAUUUUACAUUUAUUGGACGGGUUGCUGGUCUGGCAGUAUAUCAUGGGAAGCUAUUAGAUGGCUUCUUCAUCAGACCUUUUUACAAGAUGAUGUUGGGGAAACCAAUAACUCUAAAAGACAUGGAGUCAGUGGAUAGUGAAUACUACAACUCUUUGAAGUGGAUCCUGGAAAAUGACCCUACAGAGCUGGAUCUCAUGUUUUGCAUAGAUGAGGAAAACUUUGGACAGACGUAUCAAGUUGACCUGAAGCCAAAUGGGUCAGAAAUCAUGGUAACAAAUGAAAACAAAAGGGAAUAUAUUGAUCUGGUCAUCCAGUGGAGGUUUGUCAACAGAGUUCAAAAACAAAUGAAUGCUUUUUUGGAGGGAUUCACAGAACUUCUUCCUAUUGACCUGAUUAAAAUUUUUGAUGAAAAUGAACUAGAGUUACUGAUGUGUGGCCUUGGCGAUGUUGAUGUUAAUGACUGGAGACAACACACAAUCUACAAAAAUGGAUACUGCCCAAAUCAUCCUGUUAUCCAGUGGUUCUGGAAGGCUGUUUUACUGAUGGAUGCUGAAAAACGGAUUCGAUUACUGCAGUUUGUUACUGGGACGUCACGUGUGCCUAUGAACGGAUUUGCUGAACUUUAUGGUUCAAAUGGUCCUCAGCUGUUUACAAUAGAGCAAUGGGGAACUCCUGAUAAACUGCCCAGAGCUCACACAUGCUUUAAUCGCCUUGACUUACCUCUUUAUGAAUCUUUUGAAGAUUUGCGAGAAAAGCUACUUAUGGCAGUUGAAAACGCUCAAGGAUUUGAAGGAGUGGAUUAAAACAAAUAUUUUUUUUCCCCCCAUUUAAGCAAGUUCUGCUGCACUUUUGCAUUUGCCUAAUGGACUCUGAGUGACUAUGGCAGAACAGUUGCACAACGUUGGUUCAUGGAGCAAACCCUUCGACAGUGCAGUUGCCUAAAUUCAGAAUUUUGAACUAUGGAUUUGAACCUGUGGAUGGCUUUUUUGAUGUUUUCCACAGCAGAUUACCAACUGGUUAACUUGUACUCUAAUUACAUUUCAGCAGGACUUACUCUAUUUAUGUUGUGCCUCUGUAGGCAAAGACCUUAAUAAAUAUUUUACAUAAUUUCUAAUGACAAUGAAUGGAAUUAAUCACUUUACAGGUAUAGUAUUACAACUCAUGUUUACUUUUUAAUUCAUUUAGACAUUUUCAGAUUAUAUUUCAUUACAAUUAAAUAUCAUGUACUUGGAAAAAAAUGAGCAUUUUUCUUAAUUUCAUACAAGACUUGAUGCCAGUGUUCUUUUUUCAAAGCACAUGUGCACAUGUUGAACCUUGUGUUCCCAAACCAUUAAGAAAAUAGGAGAAAGCUAUGUUGAGACUUUUCUCUAUAUUGGCUACAUCAAGAGUAACUCUUUUCAUUGAACAUAUAAAUAUUUUUCUGUAUCCAGAAGAGGUAUGGAUUCAUUAUUGCAUUUUUGUAUAAAUAAUAGAAUAGUUAUGAGUCAAGAGAGAAUCAUAACAUAGCAUGCCAAAUCUCAUGUUCAAUAAAAAAUUGCCUCAUUAUUCCUUGGUAAUAUUUACAUGUACUAUAAACCAUUUUGGGAUAGGGUUGGCAUUAAUCAUUUUAGGAAAAUAUGCUUAACCCUGUUAUUAUCUUUGUAUAGUGAUUCUUUUAUUAUUUUUUCCUCUUUACUGUUUGCAAUGGAGGCAUUUUGAAAGAAACCUGGCACUAUGUGAUUUGGCACUAUGGGAAACAGAUCUGUUUUGUCUCCUAUUUGUAAGCAUUUGCUAAUGAUAUCUAAAUAACUUUUUUUUUUGUUUGUUUCUAACUGCACCAACUCUAAAGGCACUUUAUGUAACACAUGGAAGUCAUAUCUGUUUUUUAUCAUAAACAUUAAUGUGAUUAUAUUCCUUCUCACUGCACAUGUCUUUCUGGUGCAAUAUCUAUCAAUUGUGAAUCUGGCUGCUGCUGAUGUAUAAAAAAAAAACAGAUAUAGAGCUGAGCCUGCAGACAUGUUCCUCAGCAAUUGUUUUUGUGAUUUAUUUUUUACUUAAUCACAAAGAUUUAUUUAAUAUACACUAUCUGUCUAUCUAAUCAGUUUUGUUACCUAUGACAUGUUGCAUGCUUAAACUAUAAUGUCUGAGUUGCAUCUCUUGUGUGAUGGAUUAAAAGUGAAAGAUUUGUAUUUGA